AUGCAUUACGGACGCGGCCGAGAUCGUCAAGCGGUCGUUAUAGAUUGCUGCCCAAUGUCUUCACACGGUGCUCUCCGUCGCUACCCUUACUUUUUCCGUAAAGUUCAUCGUUACCUUAAAGCGAUCGACGGUCUUGAAUACAUCAUCAGUGAUGCUAUUGCUACUGUUCACGCCUUCGCUAAUUUACAUGCCGUAGUGAUGAUAGCAAUUCAGGUCGUUGCCUCUUUUCUGGCUUCGUUCGUUCUGUUUUACAGCGAUCUCUACGAUGAUCCGGUACUCACCUGUCUGAGGAGACCUGCAGCAAGUACCAUGAAGUUCAACCGUCUCUUGUACUCGUUCACAGCCGUGGGAUUGCUUGCCGUCACCGCCAACAUCUGCCUAUUCAUCAUCAAUAGACGCAAGCAAGACACCUUGCGUUUCAAUGUCACUCAUCGAUUCGAGGCCUAUGAGAACGUUCUCCUUACCAAAUGGAUAGGCUUGGUGGCCAUAGCACAAUUUGUCUUCAUGACCACUGACUCACUAGCGAUAUUCCUCAUUCGUACUAGGAGCCGGAAUUUACCUGACGUGACCAGAGAAGUGCUCAUAAAUUGGUUUUACACAUUGUCAACCAGCAGAGAUACUGGAUCUGUUUCAGCUGGUGCCGUUCUCUACUCUUUCAUUGCCACUGAUAUCGCUUCUGGUCAUCCAUCACACUUCGAGGAAACGCAUGGCAUGCAACAGUCGGAUGACAAGUGA